CAGGGAUGUUCCCCAAAGCGAACGGGAUGAACGGACGGCAGGCCGUGCAGACCCCUCGUUUCUGGGCAUUGUGCACGCCGGCAGUGGUUGGAUGGCUGUUUUCGCAAUCCGACGACCUGGGGAGGAAUGCCCCCCUCCUCCAGUGCGAUGAGGGCGUGGGCAAGCGCUCCCCCACUGCGUGCGCGGACACUGGGCCAGUCCAGCAGGAUGCGUGGAGGAGCGGAAGCGAGCGCGGUCGUCGACGAGGGAGACGGUGCAACGUGGAGACUCGAGAGAGUGCGACGAUCUUGUCAGGCCAGCGAGACCAAAUCAUGGACGGGCGAAACGGGCCACGACUGGGCGAGGCGCUGCGGGCCUCCACUCACGGGCGCUGAAGGGCCUCCGGGCGGAGGAGUUUCCCUGACCAAACGUGCCGGUUGUACCACGGCUGGGGUUGGACGUGGGAGGCAGGGCGGCAUGAUAGGACCAGAGGUGUUGCGGUGUGAGCGAUGUGCUGGCGCCUCUAGCUGCUUCCGGACGGGGGCAGCAAAGUCACGCCUUCGGGGCUCCUCGCGCAAGCCACCCAGCAUCGCACCACUACCGCGACCGCGACCACGACGGCCGCCAUUAUCAGAUUCGUGUCUCUCGCCAUGGAGGAGAGCGGAGAGCAGCCAAUGUCCCAGCACCCCGGGCGGCGUGCGGCGGCCGCACAAGGCCAUUCACUCUGGCCAGCUGAAACAAUGCCUGCCAUACAGUACGGUGCGCUCCGCCCUCCGCACCACUGGCGCCGUUAUCGCCGGAAAACACCAGCCAUGAGACGGGAGGUGAGCAUCACGGGAUGCCCCGCACGGCGCACCCUCAGUCCCUGCCUUGUCGUAUCCAUGCGCCUGCCAUGCGAACUGCGACAGCCUCGUCAACUCGUCAACCGUGGGCUUUCCGGCCUGCUGCGCUCCUGCCAGCCACACUCGGCACCACCAUCUCAUGUCAGCUCGCCGCCUCAGGCGCCAGCCCUCCUCGCAGCCACCGUGAUUCGCCCCUGAUAGCCGCGCUGCGUUGCCC